AACUCUAAAUGAACAAUACAUACCUACCUACCUAUUUUAUUUAUAAGCAAUUAAACUUAAGAUGAGUAGGGAAUAAUGGAAUAUAUUUUUGGCAUAUAUGAUAUGGGGAUACCUACCACGUUAGAAAAUGAAAAUUAUAAAAAUGUAAAAACAUAUUAUAGUGUUACAAAACUUACAAGCAUUUUAAACAGUCAUUGAUCGCAAACAGAACAUAAACAAUAAUAUAAUAUGUCAAUAUACAUUAUAUUAUUAUUUAAUUAUUAUACCUACUCAAUUCAGUAAUACACGAUAUUAUAAUAUAUUUGUAUAGUUGUUUAGUAACGAUAAUCCGGGUAGGUAUAGGAUGGCCUGUGGUCUGUGGGAUAUUUUUCAGAUACACAUAGUAUAUUAAUAUAUUAUAGAUUGUAUACGACCGAUAAAACACUUACAACGGUAACGAAUUGAUUAUUGUUUGUCUUUUUUUUUUUACCAAGAAUGAUGAUAAUAUAGUGAUAAGCUAAAUGUAUAUGAAACCUAUAUGUACAAUUAAAAAAUGUUAGUGCUUUAAAUUGUUUUGCGAGAAAAACGUGUACAGCGCGAGCUCGUGCGCCAAAUGAUUUCAAACGUAAGUUCGGCAUGUUGGUGGCGGAGCGGGGAAAAGUCUGUUGGUCGCGUUGUCUACGAAUUCGCGUAGUAGGAGCGCUCGGCGCGCGCGCGCGCUCACAGCCCGCCGCCGACGACGGACGCGCCGCGCGACCAGUGACCGGUAAACUGUGAGAAAAGUACCGAGAGCUGUGUGGUAUACGGUUUCACGCGCGGCACACGUGUUCGUCCGCGUCCGUUACGCGAUCCCGGACCGUUCGGGAUUAACAAAAAUGAUAUAAAAUAUUCUUUAUAAUAUUAUUAUAAGUAAACGUUUGCGAACCCUUUUUUUUUAUUGCUGUGUUGUUAAUAAUAAUAAUAAUAAUAAAAGAAAUAACCGCCGCCCGGUCUCUUUUUAUGUUCGCGUUCCGAUACCCAAGUUGACGCGUUUUUGUUUUUAAAAAAUCCGAUGUGACCGUAAACGACGCAACUUGGUUGAGACGAUCACACGUAUAUACACUGACCGGACUGUAAAAAUGAAGAAACCGGUCGUCGUCGUCAACGGUUUAUGAUCCUGAUGUGGUCGUCAUCCCGGAUCGGUCGCCAAGUGGCCUCCGCGUUCGUAUGCGGCCGUCACCCGCAGCUGCUUCACCGGCAGCCCCAGUACCAACCACAACUCCAUCAUCAACAGCAUAAUCUACGGUAUUCCUCAACAGCAGACGGAGCGGUGGCCGCGCCGUUGCGUUGCACCAAGAAAAAAUCUGACCGGGCGCCGUCCAAGCACUUGGUGGACGAGAAGACUGUCCGUGCGGCCGGUGGCCGUGGCGGCGAUGGGCGCGUGUCGUUCAUGAAGCUUUUCGGCAAUGAGAACGCAGGCCCGGAUGGCGGAGAUGGAGGUAACGGCGGCCACGUAGUGUUCCGGGCGGCCGAGAACGUGACCGGGCUAGGGCACGUACCCGUUGAGCUUAGGGCGGCCGCAGGUGAGCGUGGCUACAACAAAGAUUGCCAUGGAAAGUGCGCCGGUCACGAGUACGUGGACGUGCCGGUAGGCACUGUGGUCAAGGAUGAUGCCGGUCGGGUGGUUGGUGACCUGAGCCGGCCGGGCGUCAUGUUUGUGGCGGCCAGGGGCGGGGCGGGUGGCCACGGGAACCGUUACUUCGCCACGGACACGGAGCAGACGCCCGAGGUGGCCGAAUUGGGAGGCGCGGGUGAGGUACUUCGGUACACGCUAGAGCUGAGCAGUAUCGCCGAUUUCGGGUUGCUGGGAUUUCCUAACGCGGGCAAGAGCACGCUGCUACGAGCUAUCACCCGGGCCCGACCUAAGGUUGCUCCGUACCCGUUUACCACGCUCCAGCCGCACUUGGGCGUGGUCCGUUACGGCGACCAAGAGUCAGUGGCUGUGGCUGAUCUGCCUGGGCUCAUCGAGGACUCGCACCGAGACCGCGGCCUGGGCGUGUCGUUUUUGAGGCACGUUCAGCGUUGCACCGCGCUGCUACUGGUCGUCGACCUGUCUGCGCCCGAGCCAUGGACGUACGUGGAUGUGCUCCGGCACGAAGUCAGGUGUUUCUCGGCCACGGUGCUCGACCGGCCGCAGCUGAUCGUCGCCAACAAGGUGGACGUGGACGGCGCUCGAGACAACCUGGCCGAACUCAGGCGCCGGUUGCCCGACGACGAGAUCGUUGAGAUAUCCGCCAAGCACGGCGUCAACUUGGAGCGCCUGCUGAAGCACAUGAAGCGAGUGUACGACAAACGGCGCAUAUCUACAGAAGCGGAAGCCGCCGCCGCCGCUGACUUUGACUAGGCUAUAGUAGUAAAAUGAGAUCGUCACGUCAUAAUGUCGUAUUAUUAUUAUCGUUGUGAUCGAUACAUUGAUUUUUGUGUUCCAUAAUAUAUUUGUGUUUUAUAUUCAAAAAUGUAUACUUAUAAUAAUAAAAUAAGGACUAUACCUUAACUCAUACUUAGAAA